AUGGACGCCCGCAAAAAGAAGAGAAAGGUUCUUCUCAUGGGCAAGAGUGGCUCGGGGAAGUCAUCCAUGCGCUCUAUUAUCUUCAGUAACUACGUUGCUAAAGAUGUACGCCGUUUGGGUGCUACCAUUGACGUGGAGCAUAGUCAUGUGAAGUUCAUGGGCAACCUCACCUUGAACCUUUGGGACUGUGGAGGUCAAGAUGCUUUCAUGGAAACCUACCUCGCAUCCCAACGCGGUAAUAUCUUCUCCGACGUCGCAGUCCUGAUCUACGUCUUCGACAUCGAAUCGCGCGAAUUAGACCGUGACCUAGAUACAUACAAUGCCGUCAUCGAAGCCCUCCGCGAAUUCAGCCCGAACGCCUACGUCUUCUGCCUCGUCCACAAGAUGGAUCUCAUCCAAGCCGAGCACCGUCAACGCAUCUACGAAGAACGCUCCGCCCUCAUCCGCAGUCGCUCAGAACAUUUCUACGUCGACACAUUCGGCAGCAGUAUCUGGGAUCAAUCACUAUACAAAGCUUGGGCAGGAAUUGUCCACAAGCUCAUCCCAAAUUUAACAGUCAUCGAACGCUUCCUCACGGCAUUCGCUAAGAAAAUCGACGCAGAAGAAGUUAUUCUCUUUGAACGCUCGACUUUCCUCACGGUCACCUCUGUUACAUCCGAAGUUGGCGAGCUGAAUCCUAUCUACGAUCGCCAUGAACGUCUGUCCAAUAUCAUGAAGGCUUUCAAGCACUGCGCUGCUCGUAAUACUCUUACUACGCCUGCUUCGGCCGGUUUCGUCGUCAUGCAUACCAAAACUCCCCAAUUUAACAUCUUCCUUGGCCGCUUCACUGAUAAUACUUAUAUCUUCCUUGUCGUGCCGCCAGGUGAAGCUGCUUACAAUUGUGCUGUUUUGAAUACCAUGCUUGCUCGUGAGGGCUUCUCUAAAUCCGCUGCUGCGGGACGCACGGAUGGAUUCCCACUUCCCCCCGCCGAGACACCGGAGGAUACGAAUGGCCUCGCUACACGAUAG